GCCCUCGUUUUUCCCUGCCCUCUUCUCGCGGGGUAUACAUACGCCCCCCCACCCCACCCACGCGCGGCCGUUCCUUUCUUUCUUCGACCUUUCGCCGAUUGUGGGCAUGGGGCAGAGCCAGUCCCAGAGCCAGAGCCAGCACAGCACGAGCCAAAGCCAAAGCCAAAGCCGCAGCCAGAGCCAGCCGGCGACGCCGCGGACGAGCACGCAUACCGGGCGGGGCCACCGCAGGGACGAGAGGGAGAAGGCGUCGCCCAGCAAGACCCGCCUGCCGGCGUCGCCGUCGCCGUCCACCACCACCGCCUCGACCCCUCACACCACCCCCUCCUCCUCUACCCCUACCCCUACCAACCACACCACCACCACCACCACCACCACCCCCACGCCCCACCGAGCCGCACGGGCAGCCGCGAGCCGUUCGCGCUGCGCCCGAACCGGCGCUCGAUCGAGCUGCCGGGGCUGAACACGUUCGGGCCCGGCCCCGACGCCGCCGCCGGCCACGGCCACGGCCACGGGCACGGGCACGGGAAGCCGCUGCGCGUGUCGUCGACGCGGCUCGUGGACCGGGGGCGGGCGCUGCUGCACCGCGAGGGGCGCAAUGCGAAUGCGAAUGGAAGUUUUGGGGGGAAGAGGGGUCAGCAGCAGCGGUCGGCGGCGAUUGCGAUACCGGGCGGGAGACGGAGGGACGGGGAGGAGGAGGGCGACGGGGAGGAGGGCGCGACGGAGACGGGGUAUGGGAGGCAUGUGCAGGCGGGGAUGGCGAGGAGGCGGGCGGAGAAGGAGAGGGAGCGGGAGAGGGAGGAGGAGAAAAGAAGGGGCCGCUCGCCGACGAGGAGCCGCUCACGCCACGAGGAAAGGCUGAGGGCGCCGACGAACUCGCCGACGCCGGGUAUGCGGAGCCGGAGCCGGAGUCGGAGCCCGUCGAGGGAGCGCACGCCGUCGCGGUCACGCUCGCGCACGCCGUCGCGCACCCGGACGCGCACGCCGUCGCCCGCGACGACGGCGUCGCAGUCGCACCACGCACACCUGGACGAGGCGGAGCGCGAGCGGCAGCGCACCGCCUCGCACCGCGCAGCGAUGGUCGCCGCGUCCGAGCGCGCCCGCGCCCAGGAGCAGGCGAACCCGCAGCCGCAGCCGCGGUACUACCACCACCACACAAACAGCGCCGCGAGCGCAUAUCAAGAAGAAGUUAUUUUUUCGACGAUCCCGCUGACGAUCGGGCCGGCGUACGUCGGCGCGGCGGAGGGCGACGGCGAGGUCGACGGCGACGGCGAGGACGAGGAGGACGGCGUCGGCGGCGCGGAGGGCGGGAGGAGCAAGGCGGUCGCGGCGAUGGUCGACGAGAUCGUGGGACCGGCGCUGACGCCGAUCGAGAUCGUGUACCGCGGGGAGGGCGCGGAGGUCGAGCUGAUCCGCGCGGGCGACGGGGAUUGGCUGAAUAGGACGCCGUUGGAGCGCAGGUCCCCCGCCGCGGGCGCGCCCUGGGCGGUGACGAUCCACCUCCCGCCGGGGACGCACCACUACCGCUUCGUCGUGGACGGCAACGUGCUCGUCGCGCCCGCCGCCGAGGCCGCGAACGCGGUCGACGACCAGGGGUUCAUCACGAACUACGUCACGGUGCCCGCGCCGGCCAGCACGAGCGCGGGCGGGAGCCCGACGGCGAGCGUGAGCCCCGUCGCGACGACCGCGGGGCCCGGCCUCGGGCUCGGGCUGGCGGCCGUGCCGGAGGCGCCGACGCCGACCGCGCCGACGCCGGGGAUAGGGGCAGGGGCGGGCAGUGUGGGGCGCGCGGGGAGCACAAGGAAGAAACGCCGGCCGAGCUUCCCGCUGACGGCGCCGCCGGUGGUGGUCCCGCCUGUGCGGGUGGGGCACCCGGACGGGAGCUUCUGGGACGCGAACAGCGUGGACGGGUCGUCGGACGGCGGGCGGGGCGGCAACUACAGCUACAACACGCCGGCGGCGAACGGGGCGGUGGCCGGGGCGGCGAAGCGGAAGGUGGUGUGGACGAGCGAGAUCCCGGAGGAGCUGUAUGCGGCGCAGGCGCAGGAGGAGGAGUGGGCGGGCGCGGUGGCGGCGGUGCAGGAGGAGCUCGCGGCGAGGGAGCGCGAGCGGGGAAGGCCGAACGGGCACCACCACCACCAGGGGAGAGGGGCGGCGGUGGCGUACCCGCCGGAGCCGAGCAUCCCCGCGGCGACGCACCUGCCGCGCCACCUCGAGCGGCUGAUCCUGAACCGGCCGAGCCCGGGCGUGGUGAUCCCGCGGGUGGGCACGGGCGCGGGGAACACGGGGUUCGUCGUGCCCGCGCCGAGCUGGGCGGCGGGCGGGGCCGGGGGCAAUGGCAAUGGCAAUGGGGGAGGGCGGGAGAGCCCGGCGCUCAGGGUGACGACGGCGAGCGGGACGGACGUGACGAUGCCGGGCAACUCGAUGAUGAUGGGCUUCGCGGCGAUGUCGGGCACCGCCGCCGCCGCCUCUGCCUCGGGCAACGGCAACGGGCACCUCGCGCCGCCGGCCCCGCGCGAGCACUCGCCCGCCUCGGCCGCGGCGCACGCGAACGGGGGCACGCCGCUGAUCGCGGACGACCCGAGCGUGCUGCAGACGCCGUCGCACGCGGUGCUGUACCACCUGUGCACGAGCUCGAUCAAGGACCGCAUGAUCGCGGUCGGCGCGAGCACGCGGUACAGGCAGAAAGCUCAUCUGUAUCCAACAACUCGACUCCUCGAUCCGACUCUCUUUGUAUCCCUCCCCUCCCUCCCCUGGCGGGCGGCCGGCGCGCGCAGGCCGUCGACCGUCCUUUUACCAAUUAUAGAGAUUUCCCGUUUUUGUUGUGUCUUUUUCUUAUCCCCCGACUGCGAAAAGCGAUGCCUGCCUCCCUGA